GUCACAAUGCGGUCAACUGAGGUGAAAACUGUAUUUAUAUGUGCGUUAGAUAACGACGUAGAGGGACUUAAGAGUAUUUUGGAAAGCAAGAGUGCCAACGAUACUGAGCAACCGGAGAAUAUUUUGUGGGAAAAAGAUGAGGUGGGAAGAAACGCGCUGUUUGCUGCUUGUAUUUUUGGACGGAGCGGCAUCGUGCGCGAACUCGUGCAGAACGGCGCUGACGUCAAUGAACCCACGCCCCGCGGCUACUCACCACUGCAUUACUCUGCCAUGUGGGGUCAACUGGACACGUUAAAAACUUUGGUUGAGCUUAACGCUGAUUUCCAAGCUAUCAAUUUCCGUGGAGAGAAAGCAGUUGAUGUGGCCCGGCGUUAUGGCAAACUGGACUGUGCAGAGUAUCUGGCAUGGGCUGAGGCCAAACAAAGUUUGCAAGCAUUUAUACAAGAUGUCAGAGAUGUUAUAGCUGAUCCAGAAAAAGUUCAAGGAAAGCUCAGUAAGGAGGACAAGACUGUGUGUAUAAACACCUGUUCUGCAAAAUCUGACUGGAUACACAACACCAAAAAUGCAACAAUUCAGGACUUCAGUGAACAGAAGAAGCACCUUGAAGAUGUACUGGCACCUAUUCUGCUCAAGCUUAACACACAAUCUGAAGCCACAACGAAGACAAGAAAGCCUUAGAACUACUUUGCACAGAGGCAUUAUAUUUUUUGAAAUGACAAUAAAUAUAUUCACAAAAAUUGGUUACAUUUACUCAAUACAUGUUCUGCGUUGAGUCUUUUUAAAGAUUAAUAAUUAUACCUUUAGAUGAGCCUGUAUGAUUCCUGACACAGAAUUGUAAUAUGAUU